CUCGGUCUUCCGGUCUGCGCGCUUCUCGGAUUCCACCAUGGUCACAUACUGUCGCGAUCGGUGGGGAAAUGUCUACCGAUGUCGGUCAUCCUGGCAUAACUGGGGUCGUUGGGUGUUACUAGCCAUCAUUAUUGGAUUGGCAUUCGUAGCCUUCUUCUUUUUCGCAUGUCUCUCCGCUCGUAAACGCCGUCGCCACGGCCAACGACCCAUCUACGGGACCGGCUGGGUCCCAGGCUCACAGCCUCCGCCAGGCCAAUGGCAGCAACAGCAAUAUCCUCCGCAACCGCCCCCCGCGCCGCCGGGAUACCAACCGUCUACCGAGCAUGGAUAUGGGCAGAAUUACGGUGCGAACCAAGGAUACUUCGGCCAGCAGCAGUACGGAUCCGAGCUCCAGCAGCCACCGAAUGCAUAUGCGCCAGACGGCGUAUAUUCACCCCCCAUGGGACCGCCGCCGGUUCAUCCGAAGUAGGGAGUACCAGCAGAGAUGUUUACGGACGAAUAUAGACAUAAUACGUGGUUAUGAUAGGAAUUGACGAUGGGCAAUU